GAACACUUAUGUUUCAGGGCAGGAGAAACUUGACAUGGGGAAAAACACCAUGAGGCUUCUCUGUACUUCGCUUUCUCUUACCAUGAUUUGCUGGUUAGCUGAAGGUACCCUGUCAAAAACAGAUGCUAAGAAAGGUGCUACAAAAAAACUGGAAGAAAAGACACUGCGUUCUGAUAAAAAUGUGCAUGACCGGGGACUGGUAGUUGUGGAUCCAAAGGCAAAGGAUAUUAUACUGGAACACAGAAGUUACUGCUCCAAAAAGAUGAAGGAAAGACAUUUUUCAGGAGAUGUUCUGGGAUAUAUUACUCCUUGGAACAGCCAUGGCUAUGACAUUGCUAAAAUAUUUGGAAACAAAUUUACACUAAUCUCACCGGUCUGGUUACAAGUGAGAAGGAGAGGGAAGGAGAUGUUCCAGUUCACUGGGCUCCAUGAUGCUGAUCAAGGCUGGAUGAAAGAUGUCAGAAAAAACUCCAAAAACAUCAAAAUAGUGCCAAGAAUUUUGUUUGAUGGCUGGACUUACCAGGAUUUCGAGAGUGUCUUUGGCAGUGAGGAUGAGAUAGAGGAGCUUUCUAAGAACAUGGUCCUCCUAGCCAAGAAUGAAAAUUUUGAUGGUUUUGUAGUCGAAGUUUGGAGUCAGCUGGGAAAUCAAAAGCAAACGGAGUUGAUUCACUUGCUCAUUCACCUUUCUGAAGCUCUGCGUGAAGCACAACUUAAGCUCAUACUGGUCAUCCCUCCUGCAGUUGCAGCAGGGACUGACCUGCCUGGACUGUUCACAAAGAAAGAAUUUGAUCAGUUGGCCUCAGCAAUAGACGGCUUCAGUCUCAUGACAUACGACUAUUCAACACCCCAGCGACCUGGCCCAAAUUCCCCUCUUCCGUGGGUACGAGCCUGUGUUCAAGUGCUGGAUCCUGAUUCAAAAUGGAGGAAUAAAAUACUUCUAGGGCUGAAUUUCUAUGGUAUGGACUAUUCUGCUUUGGGAGCCUCUGGGGAGCCAAUCCUUGGUAGCAGGCAGGGUGCUGGCACACAGUACGGGACAGUGUUUUAUACGGAGAAUGGUUCUGUGCUUCUGGCAGGGGUUUCUGCCCUCUGGCUGGCAAGCAUCGGGCGUCCGAACCGCUACGAUGUGGUCAUUAAAGCCUACCGCUGGAUUAAAAUCCUGUCAGAACGUAACCAUCUGGCGCUUGCUACUCUAAUGAUCACACUGAAAGAGGGAAGGUACCUCUCUGAUGUUCCACCUGGCAGUAUAAAACUUUUGAAUAUGUUCUGCAUCCAAGCUGCUUUCGCUGCAAACGUAGCUGUUGAAAAUACGUAUGUGACUAACUCCAUUCUUCUUCCGUUACCCCAUCCUCACUCACGCUCAGUGCCAAGAGGGAUAGUGAGUAACUUUUGCCUGGUGUUGACUGUCCCACACAACAUCGGCACUGUUCAGUUCCAGUGCAGAUUGAUUGGGGACGAGUGUGAGAAGGGCCUCCUGAAAACACUUAAUGUCUUUGUAGGAGCUCGCCUGGGGCUGG